GCGAGACACGAGAUUCUCUGAUCUCAAGAUUCGUUAAAUUCCGGUGAUGUCCAAGUAGCCGUCAUUCACUCGCUCACUCUCUUUGUUCCGCCUCUCUCUCCCAUUCAUUCUCCACUCUCUCGCUUCCCGCCACCACCACCACCACCACCACCACCGUCCUCCGCGAGUAGAAUGUUUGCCUCGAUUCGAUCUUCGUAAACCUAGGGUUUUUGUUGGUGGUAAUUUCACUUUCUUAUUUAUAAUUUUGGAUCGAUUCAUUUCGCGGAGUAGUUGAUUUAAUGGCGUCUGAAGAUGUGAAAGCGAACAACUCGGCGGUGUCCAAGAUCGUUAAUCUGGCUGAGGAGGCGAAGCUUGCGAAGGCAGAAAUCAAGCCUUCUAAGUACCAAGUCUACAGCAUUUGCAAAUCUCUCAUCGCCGGAGGCGUCGCAGGAGGAGUGUCUCGGACUGCUGUAGCUCCAUUGGAGCGAUUGAAAAUUUUGCUCCAGGUUCAAAAUCCGCAUAACAUAAAAUAUUCUGGUACUGUUCAAGGUUUGAAGUAUAUAUGGAGAACUGAGGGUCUUCGAGGACUGUUUAAAGGAAAUGGCGCAAAUUGUGCUCGUAUUGUCCCGAACUCGGCCGUGAAGUUCUUCAGCUAUGAGCAAGCAUCCAAGGGUAUAUUGCAUUUGUACCGGCAGCAACCUGGGAACGAGGACGCUGAAUUGACUCCUUUAUUACGUCUCGGAGCGGGAGCAUGUGCUGGGAUAAUUGCUAUGUCUGCUACAUACCCGAUGGACAUGGUCCGAGGCAGACUUACUGUACAGACAGACAAGUCCCCUUAUCAGUAUAGAGGAAUGGUUCAUGCUUUAUCAACCGUGCUUCGAGAGGAAGGUUUCCGUGCUCUGUAUAAGGGCUGGCUUCCAUCUGUCAUUGGAGUUGUACCAUAUGUUGGCCUCAACUUUGCUGUUUAUGAAUCUCUCAAAGAUUACUUGAUUAAAUCUAAGCCAUUUGGUCUCGUUGAAGACAAUGAAUUGGGUGUAGUUACAAGGCUUGCAUGUGGGGCAGCAGCAGGCACAGUUGGACAAACUGUUGCUUACCCUCUUGACGUCAUUCGCCGCAGAAUGCAGAUGGUGGGGUGGAAUAAUGCUGCUUCAAUUGUUACCGGUGAUGGGAGAAGUAAGGCUCCCCUCGAAUACAGUGGCAUGGUUGAUGCUUUCAGGAAAACUGUUAGACAUGAGGGCUUCCGAGCAUUAUACAAAGGAUUGGUCCCCAAUUCAGUGAAGGUUGUCCCAUCAAUAGCCAUUGCAUUUGUGACAUACGAACAAGUGAAAGAGUUGCUGGGAGUAGAGAUUAGAAUAUCUGACUGAUGCCAGCAGAUAGAGCUCUAAUUUUCAUUCAAUUUACAGUAUGAUUUUUGUUCGCUGGACGAGGAUAAUAAUUUGAUCUAAGACGUUUCUCUUUCGUGAAGAGAAGCGAACCCCUACAUCACCUGCUUAUAGGUUUUACUAUGGAUUUUGCCUUCAUGGUAGUAAUAUUAGCUAAUAAUAAGAACAAUGCCAUAAACUAGCUGUUUAGGUCUAUGCUUGAUGAGUGAGUAAGUGAGUUAGUAGUAUUUUUGUACAUGGCAUUUGCUUUGUUCAAUAAACCUGCCUACCUUUUGGAAUUGCUAUAUUUUGAUUAAAAAAAUUGGAUGAUCUCUUGUUUGAA